GCCCACAUGACCGACACGUUGGCAAGUGCGCCUGCAACGCGGCAUCCCGCGUGGAUAGCGACAGCCAUUGCGGCCCUCAUGUGCCUGGGCAUUCUGGGUCUCAACUUUGAGAGCGACUUCGUCGUCAAGUCGAGCUCCCUCGCACACAAGCAGCAGCUCCACGCCGCUGCAAUGAACCACACUGUCAUUGUUGCAACGAACCACACUGUCUAUGUGGACCGCGUCAUCGAGAAGGUCGUGCUGAAGAAGACCUUGGUGAAUGCCGUGGAUCACAACAUCGCGUACGUGAGCCACAACUACGACAACACGACCGUGCAUAUUGUGUACAGCACAAGCUGCGACCAGCCCAACCGGCACUUUUUGAGCGCGGCGUUGCAGGUCUCCGCAUCCAAGGUCGGGCAGCGCGGUCCCAUAACAGAGAUCAUAUCUGGGUGCAGCGAUGAGGAAGUCCAGCGCUUCGCGAGCGAACCUUCGUUCUACCACGACUACCACCGCCACUUCACGCCUUCGUACAGUCCCCACCCGAAGUCCGGCAUCACCGACGACUACUCUCCGUACAACAAGCCGUUUGCAUUGCGCCAUCUCCUCCACACCCCGCCUUCGUCGUCCAACCCCGCGGCCGUCAAGGGCAACAUGCCCGUAGCGCUCAUGGACGCCGACUUCAUCUUCUUCCAGCCGCUCCGGGUCAACACUGGCGCGGACUUGUCCUCUUUCUACCACGGCGAGCAGCGCCAGGGCGAAGAAAUCCAAGACGUUGUGGCCGACGGACACGCAUUGGCUCAAGACUGGACGUCAUACUACGGCGCGGGAUGGUUCAACCCGGACAAUGAGGACAAGAAGGCCGCGAUAUGUGCUGGCAAGCCGUGCAUGGACGUGACCUCGGACGACGGCCGCGAGUACUACGCCGGUGGAGGGCCGCCGUACAUCCUGACCAAGAACGACUGGCUCAAGAUGAUUGACAGCUACGGCGACUUUGUCAUAGCCGGGCGGAAACUGUCCAAAAACUGGAUGGUCGAGAUGUACGCAUAUGGAUUAGCAGCUGGCAACCACCACAUCAAGCACACGCUCGUGACCCACCUUGGCCCUACGUGGCCCCAAUCCGAAGUACACUCGUGGACGUUUCUCGACGACGAUGCACCCAAUCCAUGCGACGUCGCGUCCUUGGACGUGGUGCUGCCACGUCAUCCGCCCAUCUCGGUGCAUUACUGCCAAAAGUACGGAUACUUCGACAAAGAAGACGCCGGGUUCCACUUUUACAAGUACCACAUCCCGUACGACAUAUUAGAGUGCGACGCAAUGCUGCUCCAACUGCCGCCGCCGUGGCAGUGGACGGACAUCCCAUCGCUUGGGUUGGAAGGGAUCGACUUAGUAGCCAAGAGGCACGAGGUGUGGACAGAAUGCACACUAGCCAAGAUCCUCAACCAAGUGUUUCUAACUGCCAAGGAAAAGCUCUGCCCUCUUGGGUUCAAUACGCACCAAGGACUGCCCAUGAGCGAACCCCACCAACGAGAUUCGGCGCUUCCUGGAGGCGCGCCCAAAGAAUUUUGAAGGGUGGAAUCAAGUACUACUAGUAGUACAGUAAGUAGUACAAAUCAAUUCUGGUAUAUGUAGUACAAUAUAUAUAGUAUAUGUAAUAAAGGUGUACAGUGAUUGCCUGUAAAAG